AUGGAUAAAUCUGGCUCUAAAAAUCACUUAAUGAAUCAGUACUCUACCAAUACUCAAAGCCACUUCAACUCUCACCAGACCCACACAAUUAACUCUAAGAUUAUUCUGAAGUCAAGCACACAUGAAGAAUUUAACUAUGAUGAAUUCGAGAAGACGCUUGUAGGAGUGAGUUCACCUGCUUAACAUAAUCCUGAGCCACAAAUUAUCUAUGACAAUCAAACCUAUAAGAUUCCUAGUGAGGCUCUCGUCUCAGUAAAAAAACUGCAUUUAAAUGAUGUGCCUAUUAAGAAGAUGAAGCCUAUCAUGCUUCACCGAUAAAAGACUUAGAACUCAAAUGCGCUGGCAAAUAACAACAAUACAAGUGCCAGCGAUUACAUAGCUCAGACAACUAAAAGUGAAUAACAGUAACCUUUGGUGAAAGGGACACCAGUAGUUGUGAAAAACGCAGGGAGUGUGACGAAGGCUUCUCAAACUGGCAGCUUUUAAUACUACUUUCAAAUAUCUCCAGUAGAGGAUCACUCAAAUCGAAUGUCUUUCAUUAAGAAUAAGAUAAUGCUUCUAAAUAAAGUCAAUCAACAGAAGAAUUUGCAGAGACUCGUGAAUCGACAAGAGCUUUAGUUUCAGUAACAACAGCAAGUGAACCCUGGAAUGGGAAACGGCUUCCUUGAGUAUAACUAACUCGAUGCCAAAGAAGCUGGGGGGAUAGAUGGUCAAGUAGCCUAGGCUUAUAUGAUGAUGAGUGGAACGCAGUCUAGCUUGAUACACUCUAUUAAAGAUCAGGAUUUUAUGAAAAAUCUUUUGGAUCGUAAAAGAAGUAGUGGGAGAAAUAUUUAUAAUAACACAGUAGGAUCAAUGUUUUAAAACUAUCAAUCAAACCAAGGUAAUCUAACUAGUAGGACUGUAAUUUCUGGGGGUUCUAAGAUAAAUUUAAAUCAACAAUUAUCUAAUGAAAAGAAUCUACUACCUAAUAUCUUUGUGAUGGAAAAGGCUGGAAAUGCAACUACGAAUACAAGCAGUAGGAAUUAUGCACCUGGGCAGAUAAGUUAAAAAACCCCUCAAAAGAUCGCUUUAAAUGGCACUGGUGGUCUUAACACUUCAAUCUAUAAUUUGACAUAGGUAAAUUCGCACGGAAGAGUUAGAAGUCAGCUUAAUAUGAGAGAUGGUGGGGCUGAAUAUGCUGGUACCAGUAGCUACAUUGAUUCCUCGCUCAGAAAAAAGAGGAAUAUUGACUUGUUCAAUGAUCUCGAAAUUAUUGUGGGAGGCAACAGUGUCAAGGAGGCUAAAGGAAUCAGCAGAUAAGCAGUUUAUAGCUCAGAUGUCAAGCAAAUUAAUCAAUAAGGUGGUAAAUUAACUGGGAUUGGCAAUAACAUUUUAAAGCCAACUUUGGUAACCAAGGUGUAAAAGCAGUAAUUUGUAAAGUUGGAGGAACUUAGAGCUAAAUCACUAGCCUCCCAGUAAAACAGAGGUCUAUAUAGUUUUACUAAAUCAGAGGCCUUUAAAUCGCAGCAAGAAAUGGUUAAGAGUGAUUUGAGAAAGAUUUAAAGAGACGAAUAUUCCAAUAAGAUAUAUAAUACAACAUCUAAUUUAGCUAUGCUGAAUAAAGAUGGGAUAUUAAGCAUUGAGGAUGAUGGGGGUUUAGAUCUAAAUAUAUCUUAGGAAUCCUUAGAUGAUAUCAAGAAAAUAAGGUAGGACUUAUUGAGAUCAGAGCGAAAAGACAGUUGUAUGGAUAAUGACGAUGAUAAACUGGAUUUUAAUGAGGAUUUUCUGAGAGGCUCAAUAAAAUAGUGCAAACUCAAUAAGGGAGAGAAUCAGGGAUCUACGCAAGUUAAAAGUCCGCAAAAUCAAACUAAAUUUGGAUUAGCAGCAGCUAACGUGGCUAGUCAAUAAGUAAUGAUUAAGAAAAAGAAACAAAAAAAGCACAACUGUGAUAGAAGCUACGACUACAAAAAGGACAUUAUUGUGCCUUUAAUAAUAUAGUAAUUAUUUAAUAAAAUGGAGCACCCAGCAACAAAGGAAGGAUUCACGGAUAGAAUUUACAGAAAUGUCAAUGAAAUGGACUUUGAAGGUUAAAAACUAGCAGAGAAAAUUAUGAGAAAUGUGAUGAUUCUUUCAGCAGUUAUUGGCUUUGGAAUUGGAUACGUCAACGAAAAAUUCUCCCACACUGUAUACAUAAUGCUAGGCUCAAUGUUCUUACUCUUUUUGAUCACUGGUCCAGCUCUCCCAAUUUACAAAAAGAAUGAACUUCAGUGGAGGUCCCAUGAAAUUUCGGCAGAGGUAGUGGAUAAGAAAUAAAAAUGA